AUGAGCUACCUUGGCAGUGACUGGACGAGUGGCAGCCAGCUACAUGACGAUGGAACCAUUCUCAGCCGAACGCGCGAAUUGAACAAGUCGGCUGACACCUUUAAGUCAGUCGGCGAUACCCUUUCAAGCAACGUCUACGAUGAGAUGGCCCGCGUCACGACCUCCUGCGAUCUCAUGGUACGAUACUUUGACACCUGGGAUGCGGUAUUUCCGCUGGUAGAUCAAAUCGAGUUUGGAAGAGAUUAUAACGUCAUGCUCGCGAAUCCGCGAAGCGUGCCAGUAUGCUUCGUACUCAAGGUCUUGGUCAUGCAGGCGCUCGCAAAUGCGACUUACCCUGCGAAUGAAGCACCCAUAUCGAAGGAAACGGUCCGGAGAUGGCUAGACUUAGCAUCAGCGAUACCUGUGUCUGCGAUGGCCUUCGGUGAAAUUCACGUCCACUCGGUCCAGAUGUUCACCCUCAUCAACUUGGCUGAUCAAGUGUUGUCUCUCGACUCCACAAGCGGCUACAUCAAAUCGGGAGUAGUCGUGCGCUCUGCCAUGAUUCGCGGUCUGCACUUGAGUGAUGGCGUAAGGCUGUCCUCACCGGAAAGUGGUAUAGACGAGCAGAAACUUUGGCACAGCAUCGUUGAGGUUGAUCAGCAUGCCUGCUUGGCCGCUGGGAUGCCACCUUCUGUGCCGAAUUCAUUAGCUGAUCAGACAUCCAUCGACGCAUCUUCCAGCCAGUACUUCGGUCAGGAACUAGACCAGACGAGUCUCCAAACACUUCUGGCCAGCACUUUACCAAUACGACAGAGAAUUCUAACAGUUCUCAACGGCGAGAGAAAGCUGCACUUUGAACAAGUCGUGGAACUAAGCGGCGUAUUGACGCGAGCCUUCGCUCCCGUUUCGACACGAGAAGACGUCCCUCAAGCUCAGAAGACGUUCCAAUACAAAUACAUAUCGUUCGUAUAUGCCAGAUUCUUAGCUGCGCUACAUCGGCCUUUCGCCACAAUGAGCGAUCCCGCCUUCUACCUCUCGCGAAGCCUCGCUGUACGACUUUCCAAGCGCUGCCUUCGGGAGCUGUCAAGAGCAUAUAAACGGCGAGGAAACGUCGACCACUUCGAUGCCCUGCUACCCGGUAACGGUAUCAUGUUCCGUUCUGAAGCAUUGCAAGCGCUCUUAGUCUGCUGUCAUGAGAUGAUACGAGAAGACAAUGCAAUGCAAAUGGCUCUUUCACCGCCAGACGAGGGUCGUACUUCUGUCAUGGAAGCUAUCAAGGACUUUUUUGGGAUAGCCGAAGCAAGGGUGCAGCUGCACGAGCUUCCAGAGCGAUUCUUCCUGGCACCCGCAAUGGUAUAUGCGCAUACUCUCGCAACAGCACGUAGCAGACCGGAUUCUGAGGACUACCGAAGAGCUAUGGCCGAAGCUGGACGUGAGGCGUUGCGGAUUGUGGAUUAUCGUGCUUGCACGACCUAA